CACAUCAGUUGCAAGAUGGAUACAACACUGACAUUGGCAAAUGUAUUAUUUGUUGUCAUAGCUGUCUUGCUUCCGUUAUUGCUGUGGAAGAGUCAAAGAAAGCAGUUUGGGCGGCUGCCUCCGGGACCCGCUCUGAAUCCACUGCUGGGAAAUUUACUUCAGUUUGAUGUCAAGGAACCAUACAAGUUUUACCUAAAGCUCAGUGAGAAGUAUGGCUCUGUUGUCACCAUCUGGUUGGCAAACACUCCUGUAGUGAUCAUUUCUGGAUAUGAAGCCCUAAAGGAAACUAUGAUUGGUCUUGGUGAAGAAUUCAGUGGCAGGGACAACUAUCCCUUGAUCAUGAAGGCCACACUUGGAUAUGGUGUUCUGUCCACCAGUGGACACAGAUGGAAGGAGAUGCGCAAAUUCUCUCUCAUGACACUGAAGAACUUUGGAAUGGGCCGCAGGAGCAUCGAGGAACGAAUCAGGAAGGAGGCUGAAUAUCUUGUGGAAAUGAUGAAAAAAUUUGAAGGCUCUGCAAUCAGCCCUGCAGACAUGCUGUCUAAUGCCGUGACUAAUGUGAUCUGCAGCAUUGUCUUUGGUCAUAGGUUUGAAUUUGAGGAUCCACAGUUUAAGUUUCUCCUUCAGACAGUAAAUACUUACUUCAGAAUCCUCAGUAGCCCUCUUGGACAGCUCUAUAAUGUAUUCCCGAAGUUAAUCAGUCUCUUCCCCGGUAAACACCAUCAGCUGUUUAAAGACCUAGAAGAGGCCAGAGAGUACUUCAAGCGUGAGGCACAAGCUCGGAUGAAUAAUGGGGAUCCCUCUUGCCCACAGGACUUCAUUGAGGCCUUUGUGUUAAAAAUGAAAGAGGAGAAAGACAAGCCUGACACAGAAUAUCAUUUUGACAACUUGGUUUCUUUACUAUGGAACUUGUUCAGCGCCGGCACAGAAACCACUUCAUCCACCCUCAGACACUCUUUACUUCUAAUGAUGAAGCACCCAGAUGUUCAAGAGCGUGUUCAGAAAGAAAUUGAUGAGGUUGUAGGACAGGACCGUUGGCCCUCCAUUGAAGACAGACAGAGGCUGCCAUAUACAGAUGCUGUAAUUCACGAUGUCCAGCGCAGCAUGGAUCUCGCCCCCAUCGCUAUCCCACACAAGACCAUGUGCGACACUGAAUAUAAUGGCUAUGUCAUUCCUAAGGGAACAAUGGUUAUUCCACUACUAUCCUCCGUGCUUAUAGACCCCAAACUGUGGAAGAACCCAAAUUGUUUCGAUCCAGAAAACUUCCUGGAUGGAGAUGGCCGAUUCAAGAAGAAUGAUGCAUUUGUUGUAUUCAGCAUGGGCAAGCGCGUGUGUCUCGGUGAGGCUCUGGCUCGCACAGAACUCUUCCUCUUCUUCACUUCCCUCCUUCAGCACUUCACCUUCAAAGCCAUGGUGCCACCAGAGGAGCUCGACACAACGCCUACAAAUUGCAGUUUUAGCCGCAUACCCCGCACAUACGAGUGCUAUGCCAUUCCUAGGAUAUAGAGGAAGAAACAGUCCACAAAGUCUGUAUGCAAGGAUUAGUCAUUUAACUUGCAUUUUCCUGCAAUUACUAUUUUUUUUAUCUUCUUACAAUAAGACAUGCACACUUAGCUUAUUUCAUGUGGAAUGAUUUGUCCUUUCAGUGAAAAUGUCUAUUGAAUUGCACACAUAUUGUUAAUAAAAACACAGAUCGUCUUAAACAAAAA